AUGAAGGCAACAGUCGGUAUCCUUCUGGCAACAGCAGGACUGAGCACUGCUCAGGUCAUCAAGAAUGGCAAUGGCACCUACACUUGUGCCUUAUCAUCGGGCACAUAUUGUACUUCUACAUCGCUUGAGAGCAACAUGAUCAUUCGCUGCAACGGCGGUAUCGGCUAUGCCAGUAGCUGUGAUGAACGCCUCGCCGACAAGGCCCCCCUCGGCUCACAAUACGCCCCUUGUUGGCAAACGUCAGCCAGAUCCGGUAAUGCUCAAUGCUCCAAGAAUGGCAUGAUCUACCCUGAUGGCAACAACACAACACCUUACCCGGUCCCGAACUACCAGACCAUCAGUGCUAGCAUCUCUAGUGCUGCCACAGCGACUACUGAAGCUACCAAAUGGCCGUAUGUCGCCAACUUUACAACAACAACCACAACAUCUACAACCACGAACACACACACUACGCUUGUCUACCUCUCUGCCGUCAUUCAAGGCGCAUACUCGAACUCGUCGUCUCCAUACUACAAUAAUGCGACCUUGGACGACAGCCUCACAGAGGCGGCUGCAGCAGUCUCCGCGACGACGAUGCCAUACCUGCCAUACUUCCCGGCUCCAGUCAUCCCAACAUCCACUCAGUACACUACCGACAUGAUCACUAGCUACACGACCAUAUGUCCCGCGGGCGCCACGAUCACGAAUUCUGCAGGCUCAGAAUCAGUACUGGCAACUCGUUCGACCAUUACCGUGACGACCACAACUCGCAGUACAAUCACUGCCACGGCCAUCGUGUCCUUCCACUCGCCAGUAUUCGCCUUCGAUACCUCCAGUAUGUCUGCGGCGGCUAGCCAGUAUGCUCCUGUUGUCACGGAAGUCGCUGCUGCUCCAUAUGUCUGGGCAAAUGAGACUUGGAGCAACGCCACCACCUUGGUCGUUGUAGGCACUUCAGCACCGGUUGCUGUCGCUCCGGCUUCGACCUCGACUUCAGCUCACUAUCCACCAUGGAACGAGACUGUGAUACCAUUCACCGGUACUGCCAGCAAGACUGGCGUCAGUCUCUCCGUUCUCCUUGCUGCGUUGAUGACUUUGUUGUGA